AUGUCUCGACCGGGAAGGAAGACGACCGCGGAUCGGACUCCUAGCUCAAGGGACCAACGUUUAUUUGCUAGUAUUCAAAGCACGUUAAAUGGCAGUGGAGUGUCGACAACUACUCCAAGUUCACGUAAACAAAAGGCAAAGCAAAAAGUUAACGAACCGAUUGAGGAACUUAAUGAUCUUGACGCUAUCAUCACGCAAAUAUCGGAUCUCAAGAUACGUUCGGAUCGGUCGGCCUUGCAGAUAAAGAGAAAUAUAUCAGCAUGCGGAUUCUUAAGUCAGAUGAGUGAAGAUGAUUGGAAUGAAAUAUGCAAAAGCCUUGUCGGAACAGCACUGACAGAUGGAGAAACUGACUUUGUGGUUGACCUCUUCAUUCCUUUGAUG